UCUGAUUGGUGGAAACCAGCAGGAAGAGAGCUCGUGUCGUGAGCUCAGUCAAGUUCGGACAGAUCUGCCAACUCCAUACUCUUUAGUGUUACAACAGUCUGUUCCUCCAGGCAUUAAAAAUACUGCGCCCUCUUCUCUGCAGCCGUCUUUGGAGUUGCGGCGAAAUCAGGACAAAUCUGCGGACGUUGCUGCCUCUUUACAAGAAGAGUCACUUACCCCGCAUUUCCCGGAAGUACAGCGCAGAGGGCAUCGGUGUGAGGAUGGCUGCGUACAAGCUGGUCCUGAUCCGCCAUGGAGAGAGCUGCUGGAACCAGGAGAACCGCUUCUGCGGCUGGUUCGAUGCAGACCUGAGUGAGACCGGCGAGCAUGAGGCAAAGAGGGGCGGACAGGCCCUGAAAGAUGCUGGCUAUGAAUUCGACAUUUGCUACACCUCAGUCCUCAAGAGGGCUAUCCGCACCCUGUGGUUUGUUCUGGACAGCAUCGACCAGAUGUGGCUGCCUGUUCACCGGACCUGGCGCCUUAAUGAGCGCCACUACGGUGGCCUGACUGGGCUGAACAAGGCUGAAACAGCAGCGAAACACGGAGAGGCCCAGGUCAAGAUCUGGAGGCGCUCCUUUGACAUUCCUCCCCCUCCCAUGGAUGAGGGGCAUGACUUCUAUCAGACCAUAAGCAAGGACCGGCGUUAUGGUGACCUGACAGAGGACCAGCUUCCCAGCUGUGAGAGUCUUAAGGACACCAUCGCCAGGGCUCUGCCCUUCUGGAACGAAGAGAUCGUACCUCAGAUCAAAGAGGGAAAGAGGGUGCUGAUUGCUGCCCAUGGCAACAGUCUCCGGGGCAUUGUCAAGCAUCUUGAGGGUAUGUCAGAAGAGGCCAUCAUGGAGCUGAACCUGCCCACAGGUAUCCCCAUUGUGUACGAGCUGGACAAGAACCUGAAGCCCGUAGGACCCAUGCAGUUCCUGGGAGACGAGGAGACCGUCAAGAAGGCCAUGGAAGCUGUAGCUGCUCAGGGCAAAGUCAAGAAAUAGACUCCCCCACCCUGGAUGAGCUAGAGUACACAUCAAUCAUGUGCUGUUCAGCUAUCAAGUUACUAUAAGGUCAUUUACUGUUACUGUCGUCACAGAUUUCACACAUACACACACACACGAUGUGCACUUUAUUUUGAUAAUCACACAAUUGAUUUUACUGGUCUUUAUUUUGCGACAAAAAACAAACCCACACAUCAUUAUGACACAAAGGAUAUCAGCUGUAAUACGGAUUAAGCAAUGACCAAAAUGCAAGUUUCGGGACCAGCAAAUAGGACCUAACAUAGACUAACCCUGCAGAACCAUCCAAAGUAUUCCUUUCAAUUUCCAAUCCAUGUAGGUGAAGCUAAGAGGGAGCAGUUUAACCUAUAGAGAAACACUGGCUGUUGUUAAAGGGCAAGCUGAUAGCCUGUGCAUUGCUGUUAUUUUUUUGCCGUGGCAUUGUGAGAAAAAUAAUAAAUGUUGUGAGCUAUUGUGUGAUGAAAUAUUUAA